AUGGCAGAGGAGAAGCCUUCGCUGCCAGCUGACUACGUGGUGCCCAAGGUGUGGGAGUACAAGGAGCAGGGCGGGCAAUUCGGCGGCACGAACCGGCCCUAUGCAGGCGCUUGGGGCGAGGACAAGCCUCUCCCCAAGGGGGAGCACAAGAUCCAGCUCUACUCCAUGGGAACGCCGAAUGGAGUGAAAGUCACCAUCCUGCUGGAGGAGUUGGUUGAACUCUUCCCGGAUUUCGAGUACGAUGCAUGGCUGAUUCCCAUCAACGGCGUGCAGUUCACAUCUGGCUUCCAUGCAAUCAACCCAAACUCCAAGAUCCCCGCGAUGGUGGACCACUCAACGGACAAGCCGGUCCGGGUGUUUGAGUCUGGCUCCAUCCUCAUGUAUCUCUGCGACAAGUUUGACAAGGAUGGUGUCUUCUUGCCGAAGGAGUAUCCCGCCAGGGCCGAGGUGCAGAAUUGGCUUAUGUGGCAGAUGGGCUCCGCACCGUUCAUCGGAGGAGGCUUUGGGCACUUCUACAACUACGCUCCUGUGAAGAUUCAGUACGCCAUCGACCGCUACAGCAUGGAGACCAAGAGGCUUCUUGAUGUCCUCGACAAGCACCUGGGGGAUGGCAACAAGAAGCGGCUCAGACGGCAGGAAGCCCUGUGCCUCUAA